AUGUAUUCCACACUUGCGAGCUCAGUGCUCACUACAUUGACCCUUUACUCUCUCAUAUCUGCCGUAUCAGCACAGACAUACUCGUCAUGUAACCCUCUACAGCAAAGCGGAUGUCCAGCAGACCCUGCUCUCAGCAAGACUGUCGACAUUGAUUUCACAGCAGGCUCCUCGAACGACUUCACUGCGUCAGGAGCCGUCAGCUACACCUCCGACGGCGCAGCCUUCACCAUCUCCCAGCACGGCGAUGCUCCUACCAUCUCCUCGAAUUGGUACAUAAUGUUUGGCCAUGUCGACUACGUGGUAAAAGCUGCUCCAGGGACGGGGAUAGUCAGUGCCGCUAUUUUGCAGUCGGAUUGCCUCGACGAGAUUGACUGGGAGUGGAUAGGUGGGGAUGAUACGCAGGCCCAAAGCAAUUACUUUGGCAAAGGCAUCACAACCACUGGGUACAAUCGAGGAGCGUUUCAUGGAGCACCCAACAACCAUGACGAAUUCCACACCUACAGCAUCGACUGGACUGCCGACCAAAUUGUCUGGUCAAUCGAUGGGACUACCGUUCGAGCCAUGACCCAAGACCAAGCUGAAGCCGGCCAGUAUCCCCAAACCCCGAUGUACAUCAAACUGGGGGCUUGGGCUGGAGGUGAUCCAUCCAACCCGGAGGGCACGAUUCAGUGGGCUGGAGGAGUUACUGACUACUCUGCUGGGCCCUUCACCAUGUAUGUGAAGUCUGUCCACGUCACGGACUACUCAACCGGGUCACAAUAUUCCUACAGUGGUACCAGCGGCACGUGGCAGUCUAUCGUUUCCACCGGCGGCCAAAUCAACGGCCAAGGAGAUGGUACACCGGCCUCAUCUGUCUCAGCACCCGCCGUUACCUCUUCCGUGCCUAAUUCGGCUCCUCUCGCAUUUGGGAACGGCGGUGACACCUCCUCUGUGUAUGCGACGCGCACAGGUUGGCCGUGGUCUGGCACGGCCACAGCCACAGCAGUGUCUGUGUCGACAUCCCCGUCCCUAUAUACGUCCUCAUCAGUAGUCUUGUCGUUGGCUUCGGCCUCGGCCUCGCUUGAAAUUUCGACCUCGUACAACGAGCAAGGAUUCCCAACACUGGUCACCAUCAAUCCUGCGGCGCCAACAACACCAGUGAGCUACGACACCUGCGACGGCACAGGGAUCAUCAGUCACAGCCGUAACCGGAUCCGCAUCGGUGAGCUCUGCAUCUGCUGUUCCUUCGACCUCGGGUUCAGGACCAUCCGAAAGCCCGAGCUCUGCAGCUUCCGCUCCACAGAGCCCAAGUGCUACGACGAGCACGAACACAUUGACCGCAGUGUCUAUCUCGACACCCCUCAGUUCGAUCUCCACCUCGGGAUUGGGGUCUGUGUCCACCUCGGUGUCUGCCACAGCGUCUACAACAACUAUUUCCGCCGAAACAGAGUCAGUAAAUACAUCCGCAACCGGUUCCUUAUCAGGCACAAGCAGCACCGCUUUCAUUUCAACAACUAG